CUUUGUUUCAGACAUGCUGAAUUCCCUCCUGGUCGUGGGCCUUUUGGUCGCUGUUUGCUUUGGACGAGAGAUUCAUCCUAAGAGGUGGCACCCGCUCUCCGACCAAAUGAUCAACUACAUCAACAAGAUAAACACAACUUGGAAGGCCGGAAGGAACUUCGACAAAUCCAUCUCCAUGAGCUACAUCAGGGGUCUUCUGGGAGUGCACCCCAAGAGCAAGGAAUACCGCCUGGCAGAGUUCGUGCACAACGAGAUCCCUGAUGACCUCCCGGAAAGCUUCGAUGCACGAGAGAAGUGGUCCCACUGCGACUCGAUUCACCUUAUUCGCGACCAGUCCACCUGCGGUUCCUGCUGGGCCUUUGGCGCUACGGAGGCGAUGUCGGACCGAAUCUGCAUUCACAGCAAAGGAAAGAUGCAGGUUAACAUCUCGGCCGAAGACCUCCUGGACUGCUGCGAUACCUGCGGUUACGGCUGCUACGGCGGAUUCACAGCGGCAGCCUGGGAAUACUGGAAAGAGAGAGGACUCGUCAGUGAAGGCCUCUACGGAACCACCGACGGCUGCAAGCCUUACUCUCUCGCCCCCUGCGAACACCAUACCAAGGGUCGCUUUCCCAACUGCACAAAAAUUGUGCCCACACCCAAGUGUGUGCACCACUGCAGGGAGGGCUACGGCAAGGACUACGAGGAGGACAAGCACUUCGGCCAGAAGGUAUAUUCUAUUUCCAGAGACGAGAAGCAAAUCCAGACCGAGAUCUUCAAGAACGGACCUGUGGAGGCUGACUUUCAUGUUUACGGAGACUUCUUGUGCUACAAAUCUGGCGUGUACCAGCGUCACAGCAAUGACCGGCACGGAAUGCACGCUAUUCGAAUCCUCGGAUGGGGCACAGAGAACGGCACCCCUUACUGGCUCGUGGCCAACUCGUGGAACGAAGACUGGGGCGACAAGGGUUAUUUCAAGAUUCUCCGCGGAACGAACGAGUGUGGAAUUGAAGAGCACAUUUACGCCGGUAUCCCCAAGAGCUAA